GUAUUCCCCAUUUAGAACUCACGCAAUUCUCCGCAGUCAGCCGACCAGUACAAUGGAGGACUUCGACAUCACCACCAGCAUGCCGCUUUUGUCGGGCCUGGAGACGGCGUUUGAGGACUCCCUCAUAUCAAACACCUGUAUCCCCCUUCUGAAACAGGAACUCAAGUCCAAGAUCCAGAUCAAACGUCUUCAGCAAGGUCAAGGCGAACUCAAGGUCACCUUUGAGCCGAAACCCAAAUACGAGAUGACGGAUGAAGAGAAACAAAAGCAGGCGAGGAGGCGAGAGGUGAACAGGAUCGCCGCUCUCAAGUUCCGGAGGAAGAAGAAGGAUAAGAUAACAGAGCUGGAGGAAAAAGCGAACCAACUAACUGCUGAGAACAAGCGUCUUGAAGAGGAGCUACAACUAUGGCGGAAACUCCAUGAGACCCGACAGGACUCUUUCCCCGUCACCCCCGAGAGUGGCUAUGUGUGGUUGGUGAUACAGGCUGACACGUGACCCUACAGGGACCCCGGUGCCGAAUAAAGACUGAGACCCACCACGUGAUAUGUGACAGUUUUGCCUCAGGGCGAUGUGACCUUACAGGAUUUUCUCUGUGUGGGAGAAAUCAUUGUAUCUAAAUAUGUAUAUUUAUUCAAAGUUCGCUGGCUGGAUAUGGUGUCUGGGAAUUACAGUGCUUUGCCAUCAAUAUACAGAAGGUAUUGUAUCCAGUUUUAUUUUCUCCGAUACUACCUUUCCACUAUAGCUUUCAAGAGAUAUAUCGGUCAGCUUUGGUCAGACAAGAGAUCGCGCAAAAACGCUUUCUGAUCGGACGUCAUCAUUUGAUGGUCACGUGAAAUUUUACGCAUGUAGCUAUCAACUGACGUUGUGUACCCGAUCUGGCUUCACGAAUCAAAUCAAUCCAAGUACAAGACCAUCUUAAGUUUAUGCUAAAGAGUCACGAUUGUCUUAGCGCUAAGAUAGCUUUGUGCAACAGGUAGGCCUUGAGAAUGAUGUUAGUUAGUGUGUCGAGACAUUCAUAGCGCUGAGAUGUCUUUUAAACGUGACGUAUGUUUUCAGUCAUAUAUGGAUACCUUAGAACUUGAUUACACUAGAUAAUGUUUAUGUGGUUUAGCAAUCAAAAACUCGUAAAUUUAUUUUUUAAUUCACCGUGUCUAAUUUAAUUCAUGUACAUAUACGGAGACUUGCGUUUACAAUUGUACUCUUAUGUUGUAUUAAUUACAAUUAUGUGUAUGUGAUUCACCCACAUUUAUGCUGUAUUGCAGCUAUAAGCAUGUUCUAUACGUUUGUUUACCUGUAUCUACGGGUUACAGUUUUUGUUAAAUAUUUAUUUCUACGAAGAACUAUCUACAAUCAUGUUAUGAAGUACAAAAAUGAAAUAAAGAGAAGCAAAACAAUAAUACAUUGCUUUGUAUGAAUCUUUGCUUGAUUCCAGGUACGUUUCGUUGUUUGUAUUAUCAAUGACAUGUCAAAUACCGGUGGCCCGAG